AUGGGUAAAAGAUUUAGUGAGUCUAUGGAUAAGAAAAUUGCUGGUCAAGCAAGAAAGAGAGAGCAAGCUAAGGAGAAAUUAAGAGCUGAAGAACAAAUGCUGGAGUCUAUGGAGGCAGAGAAAUGGGAACAGGGUUCUAAGAAGGCCUCUAAGAAGCAAUUGGAAGAAGAAGAGAAGAAAAAGGAGAAAUUAAGAUUGAAAUUAGCUCGUGAGACUCAAAUGCAAGAAGAAUCAGAAGCUUUAGGUAAAGGUGGUAAAGGACCGGGUUCUACCAAAGCAGGUAAACAGAAGAAGAGAGCCAGUCAUCAUUGA